GAAUAACUUUGACUGUGGAGCAGCUUAUAUCUUUGUUGUCUAUCUCUUAACGACUGCACGGUACUCUCAACUCUGUCUGUGUAGAUCUUUGAUUGCAGGCAACAUGGUUAACGUUCCGAAACAACGUAGGACGUUCUGCAAGAAAUGCAAAAAGCAUAAGCAGCACAAAGUAACUCAGUACAAGAAGUCUAAAGAAAGGCAAGCGUCACAAGGACGACGCCGUUACGACAGAAAGCAGCAAGGUUUCGGUGGACAGACGAAACCCAUAUUCAGGAAAAAGGCGAAAACUACGAAGAAAAUAGUUCUGAGAAUGGAGUGCACAGAAUGCAAAUACAGGAAACAAGUUCCUUUGAAACGCUGCAAACAUUUUGAACUUGGUGGUGACAAAAAGAGGAAGGGCCAAAUGAUCCAGUUCUGAUUAUUUGUAAAUAUGGUUUAUUAAAUAAAAUGAUCAUAACAUAACAA